CCCGAGCACGCAGGAAGGCUGAAGAGCAAUUCCUUACCAAAGAGUCGAGAAGGGGGGAUUUCCGGGACGAGGGGGAAGAUCGCGGUGGCGCAUGCGUACGCCCUCGAGCGCCGAAGACCGCUCACCUCAGAGCGGGGCUCCUUCGGGUCCCUCGGUCAGUCAGCGGCGGAGCGAGCGGGCGAGCCGGGCUGCGGGCGGCCACGCAAUUUCCGCCUGCUCGGCCGCCUCCACAGCCCGCAGCUGACGGAGCGGCCGGGUUGGGCUGAGGCGGCAGCGCAAGAAGAAAGGGCGGCGCGACUUGGGGCUGGGAGGAGAAGGAGGAUCCGCCGCCGCCGCCGCCGCCGCCGCAGGCCCGGCCGGUCCGGACCGGGACGGUGCGAGCAGAGGACGAGGAAGAACCGGAGCGGCCCCCAUCCGACAGAGCGGCCGCGCCGAGUCCAUGAAUGGAAAUCGGCAGCGCAGGAACCGUUGGGGCCCAGCCCCUACUCAUGGUGCCCCGACGACCUGGCUAUGGCACCAUGGGAAAACCUAUUAAAUUGCUGGCCAACUGCUUCCAAGUUGAAAUCCCAAAGAUUGACGUCUACCUCUAUGAGGUGGAUAUUAAGCCAGAUAAGUGUCCUAGGAGAGUGAACAGGGAGGUAGUAGAUUCAAUGGUGCAGCAUUUUAAAGUGACAAUAUUUGGUGACCGAAGACCAGUCUAUGAUGGUAAAAGAAGCCUUUAUACAGCCAAUCCACUCCCUGUAGCAACAACUGGGGUUGAUUUGGAUGUAACAUUGCCAGGAGAAGGCGGCAAAGAUCGUCCCUUCAAGGUGUCAAUAAAAUUUGUUUCCCGGGUAAGCUGGCACCUCUUACAUGAAGUUCUGACAGGACGAACCUUACCUGAGCCUCUGGAAUUGGACAAGCCAAUCAGCACUAACCCUGUUCAUGCUGUUGAUGUGGUGCUACGACAUUUACCCUCCAUGAAGUAUACACCUGUAGGCCGCUCCUUUUUCUCUGCUCCAGAAGGCUAUGAUCAUCCACUGGGAGGUGGCAGGGAAGUAUGGUUUGGAUUCCAUCAGUCUGUUCGGCCGGCAAUGUGGAAAAUGAUGCUGAAUAUUGAUGUUUCUGCCACUGCCUUCUACAAAGCACAACCUGUAAUUCAGUUCAUGUGUGAAGUUCUUGAUAUUCACAACAUUGAUGAACAGCCACGACCUCUGACUGAUUCUCACCGGGUAAAAUUCACCAAAGAGAUAAAGGGUCUGAAGGUUGAAGUGACUCACUGUGGAACAAUGAGGCGGAAAUACCGCGUCUGUAAUGUUACACGGAGACCUGCCAGUCAUCAGACAUUUCCAUUGCAGUUAGAGAACGGUCAGACUGUGGAAAGAACAGUAGCACAGUAUUUCAGAGAAAAGUACAAUCUACAGCUGAAAUACCCUCAUCUUCCUUGUCUACAAGUGGGACAGGAGCAGAAACACACCUAUCUGCCUCUUGAAGUUUGUAACAUCGUGGCAGGCCAGCGAUGUAUUAAGAAGCUUACAGACAAUCAGACAUCAACAAUGAUAAAAGCAACAGCCAGAUCUGCACCAGAUAGACAAGAAGAAAUCAGCAGACUGGUGCGAAGUGCAAAUUACGAUGCUGACCCAUUUGUUCAGGAAUUUCAGUUUAAAGUGCGUGAUGAGAUGGCUCAUGUGACAGGGCGUGUGCUCCCAGCUCCCAUGUUGCAGUAUGGAGGGCGGAAUCGAACAGUGGCAACACCAAGCCAUGGUGUGUGGGAUAUGCGUGGGAAACAGUUUCAUACAGGUGUGGAAAUCAAGAUGUGGGCCAUUGCUUGCUUUGCAACACAGAGGCAGUGUCGUGAAGAAAUACUAAAGGGUUUUACAGACCAGCUGCGCAAGAUCUCUAAGGAUGCAGGGAUGCCGAUCCAGGGCCAGCCUUGCUUCUGUAAAUACGCACAAGGUGCUGACAGUGUGGAGCCGAUGUUCCGACACCUUAAAAACACAUAUUCGGGACUCCAGCUCAUCAUAGUCAUUCUGCCAGGGAAGACACCAGUAUAUGCGGAGGUGAAACGUGUGGGGGACACACUUCUGGGGAUGGCUACGCAGUGUGUUCAAGUCAAGAAUGUCAUAAAAACAUCUCCUCAGACCCUUUCUAACUUGUGCCUAAAGAUUAAUGUAAAACUGGGAGGAAUCAACAAUAUCCUUGUACCUCAUCAACGACCUUCUGUGUUCCAACAACCAGUGAUCUUCUUGGGAGCAGAUGUUACUCAUCCACCUGCUGGGGAUGGAAAGAAGCCUUCCAUUGCCGCUGUUGUAGGUAGCAUGGAUGCUCAUCCAAGCAGGUACUGUGCCACAGUGAGAGUCCAGAAACCCCGUCAGGAGAUCAUCCAAGACUUGGCCUCCAUGGUUAGAGAACUUCUCAUCCAAUUCUACAAAUCAACACGAUUCAAACCCACACGAAUCAUCUUCUAUCGUGAUGGAGUUUCAGAAGGACAGUUUCGACAGGUAUUGUACUAUGAGCUGCUGGCAAUUAGGGAGGCCUGUAUCAGCCUGGAAAAAGACUAUCAGCCUGGCAUAACAUAUAUUGUGGUUCAGAAGAGGCAUCAUACGAGGCUGUUUUGUGCUGAUAGGACGGAAAGGGUUGGAAGAAGUGGAAACAUCCCAGCUGGAACAACAGUAGAUACAGAUAUCACACAUCCUUAUGAAUUUGAUUUUUACCUCUGUAGCCAUGCAGGAAUACAGGGUACCAGCCGCCCCUCACACUAUCAUGUCUUGUGGGAUGAUAAUUGUUUUACUGCAGAUGAACUUCAGCUGCUAACUUACCAGCUCUGCCACACCUACGUGCGCUGCACACGAUCUGUGUCUAUACCUGCACCAGCUUAUUAUGCUCACCUGGUAGCGUUCAGAGCAAGAUACCACCUUGUGGACAAAGAACAUGACAGUGCUGAAGGCAGCCAUGUUUCGGGACAGAGCAACGGGAGAGAUCCCCAAGCCCUUGCUAAGGCUGUGCAGAUUCACCAAGACACCUUACGCACCAUGUACUUUGCUUAGCUAUAUAUAAAUAUAGAGAGAGAUAGAGAUGUAGGUAUAGAUAUAAAACGGAUGAAAUGGAACCUAUUCACGAAAGGAAGAACUGCAGAAUUAAGUCACAUACAGUGUAUGUUUCCAGAGCAAUCUGUGAAUGGGGGAGGGAGCACCUCUGCCUUGCUGAAGCUGAUUCUGUUUCUGUGAGGGCGGGGAGCAGGCCUUAUCCUUGUUGUGAUGCAAGGAAGAUUGUUUACUUCACCAUGAACACUCCACUUAUUAUGCAAUAUGAAACCAGCCAACUGCUUUCGGAGCAGCUUCCUAUGGGAAGUGCUGCUGUCAUCAUCUUUUCCUUUGUGCAUUUAGGUCUCUGUGUUUCCUUCUUUUUUGGGGGGUGGGGGUGGGGGAGUAGUCUAACCCUUUUUAUGCCUUUACCUCAAGUUGCUCAGCAGCACAACUCUUUCUGCAAAAAAAAAAAAAAAAAAAAAAACCACAGCAAGAACACAAAGGGUAUUAAAACUUAUAGGAGCAGUCCAAGUGAUGAGGCGGGGGUGGGAGCGGGGUGGUGGAUCUGCAACGGUGUUUUUAUCUGUUUCGUACCCUUGUGAGUUGCAUAUGGCUUCCCCUCCAUGGUUGUCUGUGCUUGAAUGCGACCCUAACAAAUGUUAAUUUGAGUGAACGGCCCCAUCACUAUUGUGGGAAAGAGUACGUGCACUUGCACUUAACACUCCCUGUGUCGUUUAGCCAACGGCUGCCUUUCGUGUCUGUCUGCAUAGCUUGGGAGUUGCGCCACUCAGUCUGCUUUCCAUAAUGAAACUAAAUUCAUCCUGUACUUCCAAUAGAAGAGAAUCAUCAUGUACUUUCCUGCCAGAAGUACUGAUACAGCCUGGCCAGAUUAAUGAUGUUGCUGCUUUCUGCUUGUCCAGGAGUUCCAGCUGAUUCUCCCUCUUGUGUGCUGUACAUGUAUCUUCUGAGCUUCUUGCGACAUCAGACUUUCCUUUCCUUUCAUAGGGUGGCACGUAGUGCUCAAGUGCAAAGUUGAGUUAUUUUUGUUUUUUUGUUUUCAGUUGAGUUGCUUCCCCUCACUUUAACGUGACCACGCAUAUCUAUAAUCUAUCUAUAUGUGUACUUUCCCCUUUUAUAUUUAUUAGACGAAUAACAAUGCUUUAAUUUAAAUUGGUGUACUGGCAACAUUGGUUUUUAUGUUUAGAGACAUAACUAUUUUGUUUAAAGGACUGACAUCCUGUUUUUGCUACCUUUUUAGUGCAAUAAGCCGUUAAAGGAAGAAAAAUAAUCUGUCCAUUUCUGCUGUUACACGAGCAGCAGCAUUUUACACCUUUCGUGAUGGGAAAAUGGACAUAUCUGUGCUGUUAAAUGGACAAAAUUAGCCUUAAUUUUGAAAGGAAAGUCUUACAAAUGGGGGAUUUUUUUUUAAUCGAAAAGGCGAGCUCCUUCAUGCUGCUUUUAGUCUGCAGGGUUUAAUGCUGCCUUGUAAUUCAGGGCUUCUGCUUUGCUGAACCUUUAUUUUAAGAGCAUUUUUCCUCCACAGCAAAGCCACUGUACAGAAGUCUAGCUCUUGCCUGAACGAAAUCAGGCCAAGCCUAAAAAUGCAUGGGGCUCUUAAAAAGCUAUUUUGGAUUGCAUAGGCUUUCUUUUCGAAAUUGAGGGCUUUAUUUUGUUUGGUGGGAUACUUUUUAGAAAUGAGAUCACUAAAUGUGAAUCUGAUAAGUGGGCCUUUCCUUAUUUCAUUCCACUUGACAGCUGAAGCAAAGUAUUUUAUUGUCAGAGGUGAACGUUUUGACUCAAUAGCAGGGUUUGGGGGAAUGUUUUGCACUUUGUGAACACAUGAACUGCAUUUUUGUCUGCUUUAUUUGUACUGGUUUUGUAUUUUAUAUGCAGAGAUGCAUACUGCAGAUGGUUCAAUUGGGCAUUGUUAAUAACCCAUCCCUGCUGAAACAAACGAAGCAUUCUCCACGUGAAAACCAAUUGACUGGUUGAAGUACCAUUACUUACCUCCACACUGUGUUAAAAAGAGCCCCCUCUUUGCCAAUUGAUUGUACAGGGGGCUGAUCAUCUGAGCCCACUUUGCACCCUCCACCAUGAUCCUUUAUUCUUCUGCCAUAAAGGACUGUUUUCAAGUGCGCGUUGGAUUUCUGUGGGAAGGUGCCUCAAAGUGCAUUACCACGUGGGUAGUCUAGCAGAGUUUAUUCCAGCUCUCGGGAAGAUGGCACAAUGCAUGUUUAACCUCUGGGAAACAGGAGUUAGAAUGCACUUGAAAUCACUUUGACUAGGGAAGCAGCUCACUUUGGUGGGUGGAAAGGCAGGGCAGAAUCAGAAUCAAAGCAGCUCCUGGUGAGAUGAAUUACAAGUGAGUUCCAGUCCCCAAAAGUGUCCUAGUUGAGGAUGCGUUAUGUACUGCACUUACCUUUGCGUUCCUAGCAUGACUCCAGGGACUCCUGUGAAGUUCAGGCUGUGGACCAGUGUUUCUCAACCUUGGCUACUUUAAGAGGUGUGGACUUCAACUCCCAGAAUUCCCCAGCCAGCUUGAAGUCCACACCUCUUAAAGUAGCCAAGGUUGAGAAACACUGCUGAGGGCAAUGGGCUGACUCUACUUUUGCCUAUCAUCUCUUUGCCCAAAGAAAACAUGCCCUGCUUAUCAAGCCAGACUGUUCAACCUCACCAGAGCUCAGUGCAAGUUUUAUAGUUCUAGGAUGAAUGUAUGGUAAAGUGAUAGCACAUUUGCAUAAGUGCUGACAUGAAACUUUUUUUUUUCUGUUUUAGAGAUCUCUACUUCAGUGGGAAUUCAUGCCCCAAACUGUUUUGUAGGUUAGCUUUUUAGAACCACUUUAAAAAAAGUUAUUGUGGACACUGAGUCUUGCUUCCUUUUUUUUUUUUUUUUUUAAAGUUAGUCGUUUACAUCAGGAUGCAGCAUGAUGCAUAUUUCUCAUUCUCUUCCUGCCAUUAAGAAAAUUAGCUUGCAAAUCUUGUGUGCUGUGCUGUCUUCAGUUUCCUCAUUCCCAUCAAGUAAAGGGCCUUCAGGAAAGCAUCCUUUCAAUUCUCGUAGAGUGCUAAAGCAGUGAAAUGGUUUUCACGUGGAGGGGAACUGCUAAUUUAAGAACCAAACCUGGUAACGUUGGAGUUCCAAAAUGAUCUUUGUAAAGUGCCGAUAAACACCCUUAAUACAAUAUCCGUGUACUGGCAUUGGGUGCCACACUUCUUACAAUACUGUAGCUGCUAUAUUUAUUUAAAUGGAGGUGGACAAUUGCUGCACUAGGGAACGAGGCCAGAUAAGCAGGAAUUCAGGCUUGUGUUUAAGAUGUAAGAUUCUGAUUUCUGUUUUGUCAUGGUAUGAUAUAACAUGGGGUGCUGUUUUAACCAAGAUUAUGAAAUAGACAGAUAUUAUUCUUUUGUUUUUAAAAGACUUAAGAUAUUUUUUGAUGUUGCAAUGGAGCUGGGUGGGGGGGUGGGGAAUAAAUGGUACCUCAUCUGUGGUGGCAGUUUCCAGUAUAUUUUUCACAGGAGUAUAUGGACUUAUUUUUGUACAUGUUCUUAGUUUGAAAAGCUUUCUUAGAUUUUAAUGUGCUUUCAUGGAAAUCUUAGCCUAUAGAGCCCAAGAGCUGCCUGUUCAACCUGUGUACAACUGGGAGUGUGGGGUAAAUGUCUUCUACAUCCAUCUUGGCUUUGUUUUUAGUAUGCAUAUUUUUUGCCUAAAAUGGUGGCUCUGGAACCCUUUGGAUCCUUCUGGUAUAUGCAAGUGCCUCUGUCUCCUGUCCUCUCCCAAAGUGAGCCCAGAUACCUGAGAAGGAAGGUCCACCAAGAAAAUAGCUAAGAAAAUGUGCUAUAAGGGACAGGGGGUUUCUCUCUGUGCCAUAGGUCUGUCUGUUAUGCACAGACUCCCCUCAUUCCAGCCGAGCUGUGUGAGAAGUGAUCCUUCCUGCCUUCUGAUGACUGAAAAGAUCAGGAGCGUAAAGGGGAACCCAGGAUCACAUAGGCCAAGUGUGGUGUUACCUAAGCAUGAGUUGCUGAGUGAUGUACUAUUAAAAGAAAUCAAUCCUAAA